AUGGCAGUAGCAGCAGAGAGCAUAGUCUUCAAUGACGAAGAUAAUGGCGACUCAAUUGCCUAUGUCGCUCCAGAACCAGUUGUGAAUGAUAUGAAUGAUCAUGGCCAGGAACGGCUUCUAAAAUAUCUAGAUCCUGAAUUCCUCGAUGCCACACCUGAUUCGAAGACAAAAUUUGCAGAAGAGAUCGAAGCAGAAGAAGAGUUUGAUCUCGAUGAAGAUCUUGAAGAAAAUGAGGGCGAGGAUGAUAAGCUCAUAACAAUGAUGUGCCCUCGCGAAUACCAAUUUGAACUUUACCAACGAGCGUUGGAGGAUAAUGUUAUUGCUGUUCUAGACACAGGAAGUGGAAAGACACUUAUUUCUGUCAUGCUGAUUAAGGAGAUUGCAGCAAGAGAGCGCGAAGCUCGUAUGACAAGACGUUCGACAAAACUUGCGUUCUUUCUUGUGGAUCGAGUACCACUUGUUUUCCAGCAGUCUGAAGUGAUUAAAGCAAACUGUGAUGUGGUAUUGGAACAAAUGUGUGGCGAAAUGAACGUAGAUAAUUGGUCUGAGAAAAAAUGGAAGACAAUUUAUGAAGAAAGCGACGUGUGCGUAAUGACAGCCCAGAUAUUCUUGGAUACAUUGCGACAUGGAUUUAUUACACUGAACAGUGUAAAUUUGAUUGUGUUUGAUGAAUGCCAUCAUGCUACAAAGAAACAUCCCUACAAUCUUAUUAUGCGAGAGUUUUAUGACCGGUGCAGAGCUGAUGAACGGCCAAAGAUUUUUGGAAUGACGGCCUCUCCAAUGCAUUCAAAGACAGGCGUGUACUUUAGUGCAACGCAGCUCGAACAGAACUUGAACAGUCGAAUCUACACAGCUGCAAAUCUAGAAGAGCUCCAGACAGCCAUAAAGCUACCUGACGAAUAUGAGGCAUCAUUUAGCCCAUCGCCUGGUUUCCCGCCAACAGAAUUGACAAGACGUGCACGCGAAAAGUUGAGCCACAUUAAACGGUUUGAAAGAGUGUUUCAAGUUACUACUGAAGUAGCAGAUCAUCUUGGUCCAUGGUGCGGAGACCGACUGUGGCAAAGUAUUCUUGAAAACAUGGUGGAUAAAAUGCUGUUAGAUACAAAAGGUCAACCCAGAGAAAACUUGUGUGAUGACGAUCAAGCUUUAUAUGAGAUUUAUCAGCUAUCAUUGGCUGAAGCACCAUCAAAUCCUGAUAUUACCAACAAACGUAUAUUUACUCCGAAGACAAUGAAGCUUCUUCAGCUCCUAAAAGUUCUUCAACACCUCCCUGAAUUCUGUGGAAUCAUCUUUGUAGAACGAAGACAUACGGCAAUCGCUCUGAAUUUAUUGAUCAAAUCAAUUGAUCUUUUCAAGAUAUUUAGAUGUGAUCUUUUAAUCGGCCACGGUAGUUCUGAAGAAGGCGACACCAAAAUGAGAUACCAAGAUCAAAACAGAAUGAUAAAAAAAUUUCGAUCAGGUGAGCUUAACUUAUUGAUUGCUACUAAUGUGGCCGAAGAAGGACUAGACAUCCAACCUUGCAACGUCGUAAUCCGCUUCGACUUUUUCACCACCCUUAUUGCGUAUAUUCAGUCGCGCGGACGUGCUAGAAAACCGGAUUCGAAGUAUAUAAUUCUCACUGACGAGUCUAACAUGGGACAACGUGGAAUGCUGAGUAGAUUCCGUGACCUUGAAAACGAAAUGAAAGAUUUUUGUAGAAUGUUACCGGAGGAUAGAAAUGUAGCCAACAAGUUCCUCCAGGGCAUGCCACUAACUGAUGAUAGUGGAGACUCGGACGACUCAGAAGAUGAGGACUGUGAAAAGGUGUUUAUUGUGCCCGCGACGGGUGCAAUGAUUACAAUGGAAUCUGCUGUGCCAUUAUUGCAUCGUUAUUGUGGUACCUUACCAUCUGAUCAAUUCUCUUUACUCAAACCGGUUUUUGAGAUUACGUCUACUUCCGAUGGGUUCCAGUGCAUUGUACACUUACCCACCAAUGCGGUUGUCACAGGCGCAACAUCCCAACCGACACAAACAAAAACAACUGCAAAAAAGCUAGCCGCCCUAGAGACAUGUAUCCUGCUGUUUGAAGCCAAAGCCUUUAACGAUCACUUGCUGCCAAAUAAUCCAAAGCGUGAGUUAUUGGGUGAGAUGGCUCCAUUAUUGGACAAGAACGGAUUGGUAGUCGGUAGUCGUAGAAGGCGCGGAGUGUACGAGAAACGAACACCCAGGUUCUGGAAACCGAUUGUGGAAGAACUAGAACUUGAAGAUGAAGAACUCAAACCCUCUGAUCCCCAAGAUGAUGCUGUAUUCGAUACUAAUCCCGAAACUGCUCUUGUAAACCUUCAGCCAAGAAUUAAACCUGAGAAAAAGAAAAAGAGUGGUUUGUCCCAUAUGCCAUUGAUUAUCGACGAGAUUGAAGAUGUAGAUGGUUUACUAAACCCUGAAAACCAGCCAGAGGAAGGUGUCGAUCCAAAGCUGAUCCUUCCCAUUCUAGAAGAAGAAGACGACGGUCCGUUUACACUGUGGUUCUCGGUGAUAGAAGUUAACGUAGGACAAAUGUUUGAAGGUCAUGUACGUCGCAUGUGUCUUUUGACUUGGAAGCCAUUUCCCGACUUACCCGAAAUAGAGCUGUACUCGAAAGGCGAAACAUUUACUGCAAUAGUGCGUCCUUUAGAGGAGUCCGUGGAUUAUGAUACUGAUACUAUCCUUGCCCUCUCUCACUACAAUCUCAAAUUAUCUGCCGCUGUCACGAACAAGGAAUUCGUAUGCCAAGUUCGCAACUUCCCUUAUUUUAUUAUUCCUCUUACUGUGUACAACGAUCAAGAAAUUGCCGAAGAUUUAUCGACACUAAAAGCAUGUCAAGACAAGAUCGAUUGGGAAGAAAUUAAACGAACAGUCGAACAAAAGGAUUCAAAGAUCGAUCUGACUAAUUCCUCUGAUCUGACACUGGAUGAUUCAAUCAUAACUGACCCAGCUGAUGGUAACCGCCGUUACUUUGUGAGACAGGUUGUUCAUGAAAUGCGGCCCCAAUCCGAUAUACCACCCACUGAAGGAAAAAACCGAGAGGCUGGGUACACCACAUUUGAAGAAUAUUAUGAAAAGGAGCACGACCUUCACGUAACUUUACCUGAACAGCCGCUAGUAAGCGUCCAGAAAGUGAGUAAGAUGAUGAAUUACUUGCAGCCAACGGUCGGUAUGAUGGCCCAGCAAAAGGGUAGAACUGCAAACUAUGUAAUCCCCGAAUUCUGUCACAAAGUACCCAUCAGUGCAAGUGUGUACCAGUCGAUGAUGUUAAUCCCUUCGUUAAUGACACGGUUGGAUUCAUUCCUUCUUGCGAAUGAAGCGCGCGAAAGAUACAAAAUACCGAUCACAGACAUUCAGAUGCUCGAAGCUUACACAGCCCCUUCUGCAAGCAUGAAGAUGGACUAUGAACGCCUUGAAACACUUGGUGAUUCAUUGCUAAAGUUUAUUGCGACGAUUCGAUUGUACAUCAACUUUCCAUUUUGCCACGAGGGUGAAUUGCAUUGUUUGCGUAUUAGAGUAAUUUGUAACCGAGCAUUGUAUCGUUCUGCCAAACGAUUGAAAAUAUAUCGUUAUGUGACCAGCCAAGCUUUCAAUCGUCGAUAUUGGCGCCCUCAUGGCUUUGUAGCCAAGUCGGAUACCCCAGACACUCUCAAAGAGACUAAGACACACAUGUUAUCUGAUAAGACAUUAGCUGAUGUGGUGGAAGCCACGCUAGGAGCAGCAUAUCUGAGUAGUGGUCUAGAGGGUGGUCUAGAAACAGCUAUUGCGAUGCAAAUUCCGUUUGAUGAUAUGAAAAAGUGGGGCGACUUUCUUCCAACUUAUAUCGAUAGUCGUAAAUCAGUUCCUGCAAGAGCAGAGAUUAAGGCCCUGCGAUCUGUUAAUUUGCCAAAAGUGUAUGAGGCGGCAGGAUAUACUUUUAAGCAGCCUUUGUUGUUAGUUGAGGCUCUGACUCAUGCCAGUCUUCCCAAUUCAACUGCUCCUUGUUAUCAGCGCCUGGAAUUCCUUGGAGAUGCUAUUCUCGAUUUUUUGGUAAUCCGAUACCUGUUUACAAAAUACCCUACAUUCGAUCCUGGUAUGAUUACCGACAUCAAAGAUUCAUGCGUAAAUAACCAUGUACUUGGUAUUAUUUGCAUUGAAACUGGGAUGCACAAACACAUUAUUCAUUAUUCAAGCCGUCUUAUCAGAGCAAUUGAGCACUUUGUAUCUGAAGUUGAUGAUCUCAAGAAGAAGGGUGAAGCCGUAGGAGAGUAUUGGCGUGACUUUAGUAUUCCUAAAGUCUUGUCCGAUAUUGUGGAGAGUAUGCUUGGAGCUGUGUUUGUUGAUGCAGGUUUCAAUCUCGAGCCAGUGGAAAAACUAUUCGAUCUGUGGAUCAGACCUAUUUUCGACAAGUAUGUUACACCUGAACUUAUUCGAAUCCACCCACUUCGGCAAUUUACUACAGAUUUGCAGAAAUUUGGCUGCGAAGGAUUUAUGCUACGUAACCAUACCUCGACAGGUACCGGUCCAAAAAGUCAAAAAUGUGUAAUAUUCUUGCACGACAAGCCCCUUGCGUGUGGUGCUGCUGAUAAUGUUAAGGCUGCGCGUCGUUUUGCAGCAGCAAAAGCCAACGAACGUCUAAAAGACGAACCCGACUUGUUGAAGCGCGUGUGUAAUUGUAGCAUCGGUUUGCGUCGACAGAUGCAAGUAGAAGAAGAUGAUGACUAAGUAGAAAGAAACGGAAUGAAUGAAAGAAAAGAGAAAGAAAGGGAAUUGAUUGCGGAGAUUUCAUUGACGUCAGCAUCUCAUUCCAACCCAUGCGGCAAAAUUUUCUUCUGGCGGGCUCGCCUUUUUUCUUGUGUGCUUGUUUUAUACAACUGUUUUUCCCCUUGUCUCUUACAUUUAUUUUUUUUAACCACCCAUUUCCAUAAUGCUUCGCGCUGCUUUUACUGGUGUUGCUGCCCGUGCUGUUGCCGUUCGCUCGGUUACUGUCUCUAGACCUAUUGCCCAGGGUAAAUUAAAUACCAUAAUUACUUGAUUAGAACCCACGAAUAUAUAAACGCACGAAAAAAAAAUUCAAACCUUUCUUUACACAAUAAAAGAAUAGAGGCUUUCAAUAUAU